AUGACUACCCUUCGUCCUUUCCACCCCCUCGAUAUGCUCAAAUUCAACAGAGUCAACUUGGAUAAAUUGACUGAGACGUACGGAUUCAAUUUUUAUCUUUAUUAUUUGGUGAAUUGGCCAGAAUAUUAUCAGGUCGCCGAACAUCCUAAUGGAGACAUUAUGGGAUAUGUUAUGGGUAAAGCUGAAGGACAAAACGAAGAUUGGCAUGGGCAUGUUACUGCAUUAUCCGUUGCUCCUGCAUAUAGACGUCUUGGUCUAGGAGCCAAAAUGAUGACUACACUGGAAGAAAUGUCGGAACAAAAAAAUGCCUACUUCGUGGACUUGUUCGUACGUGUUUCGAACACAGUCGCCAUAAACAUGUAUAAAAUGCUGGGCUAUGUGGUAUAUAGAGAAGUCAUAGAGUAUUAUUCAGGGCAGGAAGAUGAAAACGCAUUCGAUAUGAGGAAAGCACUGCCAAAGGAUAAAGACAAGCUAAGUGUGAUACCGUUACAGCAUCCUGUGUAUGCAAGAGAUUUGUGA